GUCUCGAAACUCGAAUCUUAAGCAACCUAAAUUUUAUUUGCUGCGAACAACGAAAUUGCUAUAUAAUAUAUAUAAACUCACACACAAACUUACUAGUACUUAACUCAUAAAUAAACAAUGAGAUAUCAAUUAGCUGUUAUUGUACUGAUUUCAAUCAGUGCUGUCGGCUUUGCUGCUACCAUAACCAGCACUGCUGCCCAAAUUAUUGAACGAAAUCUAUUUGCUGCUGAUAUUUUCAAUGCCAUCGCCACAGAAAAGUUGAGCGAUAAUGUCGUCAUAUCACCCGCAGCCAUACAGAUCAGUAUGGCAUUGGCACACUAUGGGGCCAAGGGCAAGACCGCUACUGAAAUGCAAUCUGGCUUACGUUUAGGUUCCUCUGAUGCUGAUGUGGUUGUACGACGUUUCGGUGAAUUCCAGCAAACAUUUGGACGAGAGAAUAGUAUACGUUUGGCCACAAACUUUUAUAUCAACGAGAAUUUGGAAUUCAAAGGUAGUUUCAGAGAUAUCGCACAACGUAACUUUGAUGCCAAUGUGGAAAAAGCUGACUUCCAUCCACCCUACAAUAAGCGUACAGCCGAUCGCAUAAACAAAGCAAUGGAAACGAAAACUAAUGGCAAAAUACUUGACAUUAUCAAUGCUGAACAAUUGGAUGAUCGCACAGAGGGAGUCCUGGUUAAUGGUAUCAGUUAUAGUGCGCCUUGGCAAAAAGCAUUCAAGACUAGCAAAACUUCCAAACGUUCAUUCUGUGGUGGAAAUGGACUAUGUUAUCAAGUUGAUACCAUGUGGACAUUGAAUAAUUUCAAAUAUGGAGAAUUUAGUAAUUUGGAUGCUAAAGUUGUGGAAUUGCCAUAUCAAAACCCAGAUUUCUCAAUGAUUUUGCUGUUGCCGAAUAAACGGGAUGGAUUGCAAAAUUUAUUACGUGGUUUGGCUGGUAAGAAUUUGGUUUCGUUAAUCGAUGACGGUUUGAGCGUACAGAAGGUUGAAGUUAAUUUGCCAAAAUUCAGCGUACAUUUUGGUACUAACUUAGUGGAACCAUUCCAGAAAUUGGGUGUCAGAACUAUGUUCACACGCGAAGGUGAUUUUGGUAAUUUAUAUCGUAUGUUUGUUAGUCACUAUAUAAACAGUGCUAAUCAUAAAGCACACGUAGAAGUAACUGAGGAUGGUGUGGACCAACCUUUAGAAUCUGGAGGUUUGAAAAGUUUCUUCUCAAGCAACAAAAAAAUCAACGCAGAUCAUCCUUUCGUCUUCGCAAUUAAGCAUAAGGAAUCGAUUAUAUUUAUGGGACAAAUUGCUUCAUAUACUUAUGUCUAAUUGUUGACAAAAACGUGAUUAUUUACAUAAUGCAAAAUAAUCCUUAUUAUUUGCUUCUUACAAAAAAAAAUCUUAAUAAAAAUAAUAAAAUCGAUAUUAGAAACUAAUACGUUUAGUAAAUAUGUGUAGAGACAGAUUCGUUGAUCUGUAGUUUUUCUGUAAAUAAAUGAUGAAAUAA